UAUCUUCUCAGUCCCCCGACUCAAAAUCGGCCGACACACAUACAGCUAUCAUCGCAGGCUCAGCCGUUGGUGGUGCUCUCUUUGCAAUCCUUCUCGCUGUCCUAGUAUCUCUCUUCUGCUGGCGCCGGAGGAAAAACAGGAAACUUGGGUUUAUCGAGGCUCUGACGCGAAGGUCUAAAGAAGGCAAAGGCGCAGGUGGGAUAGGCUUGUUGGAUGGAGAGUUCGACGACGAUGAAGAAUACAGAGACGAAUUGGCAGGUGUUCACAUGCGGGAAAGGACGACCAGUGCACAUUCUCCACAGCCGUCCGUUGGUGCAGGUAGUAUGGCUUCGCUGUCAGGUCCAACACAAAACAGCCAACAUGCUAAUUAUCCGUACAAUCCUGCGCCAACUCUCUAUCGUGCCCGAGCUUCAGAUUCAGGUUCCAUGUUCCACGAAGAAGGCGUUUGGCCUCCGCCUAAUCAUGGAACACAAUUUGUGGAUCCGUUUGUCCCUGCCCGAGAGUUGAGCAAAGAUUCGGAAUUGGGUAGUAUCGUUGAUCAGAUAAUGGGUACAGAUAUCUCUGCUCAUGCUAGUAGCCUUCCGCCAGGUGCUGCUCCUGCUGUUGUUCCUGGUGCAGUAGGUGUACCUAAUAGUUCCAGCCAUGUCAGAGGUGCAAGUGGUUCCUCUGUAAACUCCACCACUCCAAAGCGAUCCAGUCCCCUCUCAAAAAUGCUUUCUAAACCAGAUCCGCCGCGAUCUAUCCUCACAAGAACGCAAACUGAUCCAAACGCCUCUUUCGACGCCCAUAACAAUAGCACGAUGGUGUCUUCCCCUACUUCAAUACACCCCAGAAACUGGCUGGAACGUCAACCCAAAACGCCUAGUCCACGAGAUCCUCCUUUGACCCUUCCUCCUCCGCUUAAUUUGAGUGGCACCGGUGGCUCAUCUGCUCCGCCGUCGGCGUUUGCGAAUUCUGCAUCGUCGUUGGUGAGUGCGUAUGGUGCGCCGCACAUGACUUCGCCUCCUACUAGCGCAGGAACGUCGAAGCACAACAAGCGUGUUUCGUGGGGAGAGUUACCUACACCAAGCCGACCCGGAAGCAGAACAGGAUCGAUUGCUGGAGGUAUUGGUGAAGCGAUGUAGGACCCUUUCUCUGUCUGUCUUUCCUCCUGUACAGUUAUUGCAGUUACAUCUGCAUACAUUUUCUGUCCCAAACCUUGUGCACUUUCUAUAAGCUCGGAUCAAACAAUAGUGGUACAUCAUGCUACAGGAAACUACUCAUAUAUAACUACGAUAUUUUAUUCGCGCUAUGGACUUUUUUCGAAUUUCAAGUUUGUCGGGACAGUAAUAGUCAUACUGUAAUUAUUCCCUUGUAAUCACUGUCUAGUACGUGGAUAUUUCUAUGAACUUUUGUCAAUAUCAAGUAUAGCAUACAACGACCACCAAGCUUCCAAGUUUCUUCAACCCACUACUAGAUUUUGUGGGAUCUGACCCUUAAGACUACACUAUGAAUCUUCUCUCCCCGGUUUAAAUUGCAUUACCAGGAUACCACAUACCCCUCACAA